AUGCCAACACUGUACGACAACUUAACUGGUUGGGUCACACUGUUUGUUGUGCAACCAAAAUGCCAAGGGAAAGGUUAUGGGAGCGCUCUGUUUGAGGCAGUGUUGCAAGAGUUCAAAAGCAAAAACACUUCCAUCAUCGGAUUGGAUGCAGUGGUUGAACAAAAGACUACUUACGAACGUCGAGGAUUUGUUGAAUCUCCGCUCGGCAAACUUCGCUGUAUGUCUUGGAACACAUCAACCAAUAUUGAUCAUGGCACAUCACAUGACCCUGACACGAACCUGCGACUGAUCGACAUCAAGGAUGUCCCAUACCACCUGCUCGCAGAAAGCGAUCUCGAUCAUACAGGAUUCAAACGCAACCGACUUUGGGGCGAAAAGUUUUUCAGCAGAUCAGAUGUGUUCGGGCUGGCUCUGUUAGGUGGAGAAGGUGCCACGAAAACCGCUGACAUCCGUGCUUGGACGGUUGUGCGUGAGGUUCCUCAAGGAUAUCGCUUAGGUCCGGUGUACGCAACAGACCAAGAGUCUGCACGUAGGAUUGUCCUUGCUUCGAUGGAGCACGCCAUGGGAAGGAUUGAAAAUACCUCAACCAACUCGGUAAUAUCGUGCCCCAGAGUGGAAGAUCCGAGAGCCCAUACAAUAACGGCUGAGAUCUGGGAUGGCAAUCCUCAUGCGGUAGAGCUUUUCGAAAAGCUGGGGUGGAGCUCAGUCGGUGUGGAUUACCAUCGUAUGUGGUUCAAAGGAAAAGCUACACCACAACAGGAUAAAGGCGGGUUAGCACACUCAGGCAUGUACGCCAUUUUUGACGCUGCCAUCGGUUGA